AUGAACAACGUUCAGUGUGAAGGAAACGAAUCGCAGCUCCGAUAUUGCAGCACAGUUACACUGAAUCAGAUAUCCAACGACAGGAUCGGUGUUGGAGUCCUGUGCUCAGACCAUCUCCAUUUACGGCUGUCUGGGGGUGGAAGUACAUGUGCUGGACUAGUGGAGAUUUAUUACAAUGGGUCUUGGGGCACAGUUUGUGAUGACUCCUGGGAUCUGGACGACGCUAACGUGGUCUGCGGGCAGCUAGGUUGCGGGUAUGCUGUGGAAGAUAAAAUUCCGGGAUACUGUGGACGAAGUAAUGGCCAAAUUUGGUUGGAUGAAGUAAGAUGCUCGGGUAACGAAUCAUACCUCUGGAACUGUUCCUCCGCACCGUGGGGUCGGCACGAUUGCAGUCAUAAGGAAGAUGUGACAGUGAAGUGUUCUGAACACAAAGAGAUGCGCCUGGUGAACGGAGGCCGGCGGUGUGAAGGGAGAGUGGAAGUGUGGUACAACGGGACAUGGGGAACAGUGUGCACCGAGAAACUCUCUAGAGUGGAGGCGGAAGUGAUCUGUAAUCAAUUAGAAUGUGGACCCCUCGAAUAUAUUGAAUAUGACGCCAGGAAAUAUGGACAAGGUUCUGGGCCCAUAUGGAUCGAUGAGAUGAAAUGUAGCUCGCACGAGUCAGCCCUUUGGCAGUGCCAGUUUGACCCGUGGGGGCAACACAACUGUAACCACAGGGAGGAUGCAGGCGUUUCAUGUAAAGGUAACACAGGAAAGUCAGCAUACGAUGGCAGAUUAAACACGCGCGUAAAUCCGUCAACAUUUCACUGUUCUCAACAGAUGCUGAAAUACCGGAGACAACCCGCGGGAAAGACUGCGACGGAGGAAAUGAAUCUAAAUCUCGCCGUUUACCAGGCGAGUCAUUCUACUACUUACGCCGUCAGCAUGACGUCAACCCCGGAUGUUUGA